AUGUUGCUCGAAGCGACGUCAAUGUCGGGCUGUAACCACCCACUCUGCAGACGAUGUUCAAGAACACGUUUCAGUCGGGAUUUUUGUCUAUUCUAUAUAGCAUUGGAAGCAAGCCACUGCAGAUUUGGGAUAAACAAUGUUAGACGACAAGAACAUGAAGGCUGGAAUCAAAUUCAGUUUAAUCUUUCAGACUUCACGCGGCGUGCAUACGGUACCAACUAUAUUGAGACACUGCGCGUGCAGAUCCAUGCCAAUUGCCGUAUUCGUCGAAUCUACUUCUCUGACCGCCUCUACUCUGAGGAGGAAUUACCACCCGAAUUCAAGUUAUUUCUGCCGGUACCUAAAGCGAAUAACGCAUCAUCCAGUGAACAGCAGAAAGCUACUACUGCACCGAACGAGCAGCUUAUGUAG